UAUAAUGCAUAUGGGUUGACCUGUGAAAACAUAAUGUCCUGUUUUCAUUUGUCAGUUACCAGUUAGGCUUUAGAAACAUGAUAAAGUUAAAGUGUAUUUAAAAAUAUAGUUUGAAGAAAUUUGUGAAAGUGGUCAUGAAUUUCAAGGGUUGAAUGAUUAUAGUUAACUGUUUAAAAAUAUGUAGUUGUAGCCUACUAAUGCUUUUAUAAAAUGCUCAAAAUAUAUUUUAGAUUACAUCCUGUGAUAUCCAAGCCUUCUUUGUUUCUGUGUUUUCAAAGCUCCACACCAGUAGGUGGUGGUAAAGAAAACAGUGUAGGUACGCGUUAACACGUGAUUUACGUGUUAACACGCACUUACGCGUUAACACGUAGUGCGUGUUAACACGUGAUUUACGCGUUAACACGUAGUGCGUGUUAACACGUAUUUUUAACACGUUUUUGCCCUGUUGGCCUUCCAUAGAAUGCAUCUUGCGCUGAUCACCGGUGAUCGAUUCUGCGCAGAAUUUGCUCAUCUCAAACAAGCCUUAUGAUGCACACUGCAAAAUCUAACCGGAAGUAGUAGGUCAUCCGGGUACUUUUCGCAUACUGUUUUUCGAAUACUAUGUAUUCGGACAUACUACUCGCCUCGCCUACUGCUUUUCGCGUACUAUAGUAUGUAGUAGGCGGUUUCGGACGCAGCAAUACACACAGGCACGUUCUGAUACGUGAAAGGCGUAAAUCACCUGCAACACAGCGCUAUGCUUAUUAGCGCUCCUCCGCCGUGCUCUUUCGGACAGUGAGCAGAGACAGGAAAUGAAGCGUCUGACCGCCCCCUGGUGGAUGAGAGGGAAAAUGACGAGACUGAGCCGGCCCUUUGACACAGAGAAACGGAGGAGAGACGAGCCAGCGCAGAGCUCAGAAAGCAAAUGCACCAAUCGGCGUAAAAGGAGAACAGCGAGCAUGGGAGAAGGGCUUCCGGUACAGAUGAAAGAAGACUCAAAAGCUUACAGCACCUGAGCUCUGUUGAGCAGGCCGCUUCCUCAACCCACCAAUCAAAUGGCGCCGUUGCUUUGAAUAUUAAGUGCAUCACGCGAGUGACAAACGUAAAUAACACUACUAUCAUCAUUUGAUUGAGAUCGGUUACAGCAAACAAGAGAUAGAAAUCAUGGAUGUGGAGGGACACAAUUGCGUGACAAGAGUUUGUCUGUGAAGUCCAACCUGACUCGGCACAUGCAGCUUCAUUUUCCAAAGGAACAUGUGUGUGAAGUGUGUGGGAAAAGCUUCUCACUGAAACAGCAUCUGAGCAGGCACCAAAAACAACACCUGUACCCAUGCAUCCGUCUGUACAAGCAGGGAGAGGCCAAGCUGCAGUGUACGGAUGGAUCUGCAUCGUCUCAGAAGAGCAUCCUGACCUUUGUCAAAGCUGCUGGUACUUACACCCCUCCUCUGCCCCAGUCUCCCCUUCCUUGUGCCCGUGUGCUGAGGCGUGCGCACAUGAUCAUGGAGAUGGAGAAGAUGUCUGGAGAAAUCCUCUGCAUUGAUGGCACAAAAAAGGUCCUUAAGAAGAUAUAUGGUGAUGGCCGGGGCACCAUGCAGUAUAUCACCAGUGUGCUGAACGAGUGGGGCCAGUUCUUGACCACAGUGGUGGUGGCAGCUGAGUCUGAGGGGUGCUACAGACGUAUGGCCAAAGGUCUGAUGGCCCACUUUGAACGAGCUAGGGCUCCUGCACCUGCUGUCAUAUAUGCAGAUAACAACUGUUGUCGUGCUUCGUCCUUCCUGGAGAAUCUGUUCAGGGACUGGGUGCAGAAGGGCACUGUGAUCAGACUGGACAUCCGACACUGGCAGCAACGCUGGGAUGCUGUUGUCAUCAAACAGAGCCAUGCCAACUAUGGGUUGUUUAUGAGUGCCCUUGCAGGUGCAGUGCUGGCCUACAACAAGAACGAUAUGAUGCUCCUCAACUGCCCAAUCUGAAUGCCAAGGCUAACUACAGGGCAACCGUAAUGCCAAAGGUGAAACCCCACCAACGAGUGCUGUCAGAAGAACCAAUGCCAGCAGCUCCUACUCUGUCAGAAUCCCUUCCAGCUCCAGAUCGACCUCAGGUUCAGUACCAGAGCCUAUGUCAUGCAGCUGGGAAAAGGCAUGAUCAGAAGCGGAGGAUAGAUGUGGAAGAGUUUGUGAACCGGCCCAUUCAACCUAAACCCCCUGUGGUCACGUACAUCCUAUCCAGAGCGUCAAAAGCACCUGUCCUUGUAGUGGUUCCUGCAUAGCCACAGGGAUCAUCCAUGAUGCUCUGUGGGGCAUCCAGCAUUCAAGGGGUCAUACCUUUCGCACUGCCUCCUGCGCUGACAUCCAGACCAAUCAAGCCUCAUAAAUCCACGAAGCCUUGUGGGGCCUACCAAGUACCCCAGUCUGGUGGGCAGCGUAAGAGGUACACGCCGUCCAAAGACAAGGCUGCUGAAAGUAGCCAAAAAAUAUUUACGUAUUGCCCAGCAACUAGAAAGUCCACCACUUCAGGUUUUGAAGGUGUUGUGUUCAACAGUUUCAAACACUUCAAAAGUGUAGUAGAUGAGGAACUAAAAAUGAAGAAAAAUAACAAUUAGAGAGCCAACUACAUCCCCCAAAUCACAAUAGCAGAUUUCUGGGGUAUGGUUUGUACCUGGUUCAGACCUGGAUCAGACCUAGUUUACUUCAUCCCCUUGUAUAUAUUGUACACAGUAUUGGGGAAAGUAACUUUCCCCAACACUGAUUGUACUUAUAUUGUAUAUUGUUCAAUGUGUGCAUGUAUAAAUCUUAAUAAGAAUCCUGUAAAUAAUAACUUAUUAGUACCUAUUUAGCUAUUUUCUGCUAAAUUACUUAAUAAUUAAUGUAAAUUCUAUUCUGUUUACCUUGUUACCUGUGUUAUUAUUGUUGUGUUGUUUAUUUAUUUCUAUAGAUAUCUAUUGUUGAACAAAUAAAAAAAGAUUGUUUCCAAACAUAUGAUUCCUCUCUCUUGUUCUCCAUUUGUCCACUUAAUAGAGGUUAAGACUGUCACAUGAAACUGUAUUGAGUAUAACAGAGGCUGAAUUACUUACCAGUAUGGUAAAGAUUAAGUAUUUUUCUAAAAUUCCAUUAAGGCCGUUUAUGUGUACAUUUUUCAUGCUCUCUAGAGGGUGAAUAGGGCAAAUAGAGUGAAUAAUAUCUCAGAUAUGAGCAAAUUACACUUUGUUCAAGUAGCCUAAUAUAGCGUUUUAGAUUUUUUCAGUGAUCUUGCAAACAUUGUAACUAAAAGUCUCAAGUUUAUUUGUA